GUUUCUGGAACGCGAACCUUUAUCUUCGUGUCUGACUUUAAGCCUCCGAUCCCGGUUCAGGGUUUUCAUCCUGAUGUGGCAUCGCCGCCUCGUCAUUCCCGUCUGCCUGUCCCCGCACCCGCAGGGACUGGGACGGGACAGGCCCUUUGCGGGGGCGUCUGGGAGCCCGACCCUGGCACCUCCCGCUGCCCGACCUUGACAGCUUCUCUUCCAUGUCAAUGGACUCAGGCAGACACGCCACGUGAAGGGGGGAAGGAGCGCGAUCCAGGUGGCGGGGAGCGCACUGUCGGCAUCACGUGGACAGGAGCUUCCCAAGAUGCUGCUGAGGUAGCCCGGCCUCGAGUCGCCGUCCGCGCAACAUGGGCUGCAUGAAGUCCAAGCAGACCUUCCCGUUCCCCACCACCAUCGAGAGGAGUGAGCCCGCCCAGAGGUGUGAGCCGACCGAGAGGUGUGAGCCGAUCGACAGGUUUGAGCCGAUCGAGAGGUGUGAGCCGAUCGAGAGGUGUGAGCCGAUCGAGAGGUGUGAGCUGUUUGAGAGGUGUGAGCCGCGGGUGCCGUCGCCCGUCACCAAGGAAGUGGAGGAAGUGGAGGUGGAGGAGGUGCAGGAGGAGGUGCAGGAGGAGGUGCAGGAGGUGGAGAAGGUGGAGGUGCAGGAGGUGCAGGAGGUGCCGGAGGUGAAGGAACCCGCAGGGCCCAAAAUCGUGGUGUGCGAGUUCGCGCACCGCCUGUCGCAGGAGAUCCUGAGCGGCGCCCUGCAGCAGUGGGUGGACAGCAACGCCAAGUACGCGGACAUCCCGUUCAUCGAGAGCGAGGGCCUCUGCGCGGCCCAGCGAUGACGCCGGCGCGACCACGGGCAGAGUCGGUGCUAGUUUACAUACAUGAACCAGAGCCAAGCGUUGUAUGAAUAAACACAUGUGACUCAUCUCA